CAUGAAUCUAAUGCGUGUUUAAUAGGGACCUUGGUUAGAAAAAUGGCAUAUUCUCGGUUGUAUGGUAGGGCCGUGAAAUCCAUUGGCAAUGGUGCGUUGGACGGAUGAUCAAAUCAAUAUGUAGCAGGGCCAAUUGUUAUUUAUUCGCACAAUUCAAUCAAUUUUUUUUUUCUUCUUUAACCUCCCCCCACUCUAAAAAAAAACCUAAAAGAUGGCCGCCACAUAUACACAAGCCGAAGUUGAUAAGCACAACACCAAAGGUGAUACUUGGAUGAUCAUUCACGAAAAAGUUUAUGAUGUCUCCACUUUUGCUGAAGACCAUCCCGGAGGAGAGGAAGCUAUCUAUGAUGAAGCUGGUAAGGAUGCCACUGAGUCUUUCGAAGAUAUUGGUCAUUCCGACGAGGCCCGUGAACUUUUGCAAAAGUUUUACAUUGGUGAAUUAGACACCACUUCUCCUGGUGCUGUUAAGCCAACCCCAGUUCCUGUCACCCGCAUUCCCGAAGAAAAGCCUAAGGGAUCCGUUCUCCGUGUUCUUAUCCCUGCCGUUGUUGUUGCUGGUAUCCUUUUAUACAAAUAUGUCAUUGCUCCUCAACAAAAGCAUUAAUUUUUUUAAAUCAUUAUUAUAUUACAUUAAAAAAAAAAUGGCCCAUUGUUUUGUAAAAAAAAAAAGAAAAGAAAAAAAAAAGCCUUAAAAUAGAUUUAUUAUGCAAAC